AUGUCUAUGUUAAGCUGGAACGUGCAGGGGCUUGGCAACAGUCGUACGUUCUGUGACCUCAAAAACCUUCUUCAGGACAAGAAACCAGACAUUGUUGGUUUGCAGGUUGUGUUGCUCUCUUCCUCUUCGGGACAUAUUGACGUUAGUGUUACUUUCCCCAAUUCCUUUGUUACGUGGAUAACUGGAUUCUAUGGUCAUCUCAACCCCAGCCAGCGGAUUCAUUCUUAG